AUGGCCGUAGUAAGAGCUGAUGCAGCAAUAGAAGCCAUUCCAGAGACAAGCGAGGUGUAUGACGCCUGGAGCGGCCCGCCAGUGGCUACGCUGUCGAAGAGAGCACAAAGUUAUCAUGACUUUUACAGGGUGGUAGCGUCGCAGGCCCUCAAAGAGCAUACUCGGAGACGACGGAGGAGCUUAGAGCUUCAAGAAAGAAAGAAUGCUAGGAAGACAACCGAAGCGUCUUUCCACGACGACUUUCUGGAAGUGCAGGAUGUACUGCUAGGAGAAGGCCAGGCGGGCCAUGUUAUGCUCCACGAACAGCUUGAGCUUUCCAGUAGCCACCUGCACGGCAUACUCAUGUCGGCUGUGGCCACCUUGGACGUACUCUCCAAGCUUUCGACAUCCUUUCGUAAUGUCGAAGCACAGACAGAUGCAUUCCGUCAGCAAUGCGAGGGUCUUAUAGCAGAACAGCUGCGGAUGACCGCACUCGCGGACGCUAUUGAGGAGAACGCUCGGUAUUAUUCAUACCUCGAGCCAAUCACCCGUCGACUAAACGCACCAGGAGCUGCCAAUCUCGUGAAAGGCCACGAGUUCCCGGAAAUGCUUUCCAAUCUGGACAACUGCCUGGUGUAUAUGGAGACACAUCCCAAGCACAAGGAAUCACCCACAUACCGUAGUCGCUACAGACUACUCCUGACUCGAGGAUUGACUCUGAUACGCCAUCACUUUACAAAGUCUUUGGGCGACAUAGCGGCCGAUAUAAGCAAACGGAUCCAAAGCGGCCAACUCAAGGCAACCACACAUUCGGCUCUCCUUUAUGCGAAGUUCCGUGUACCGGCGCCUGAACUCAAAGCUCUGGGACUGGAGAUACAAAAGCGUGCUGUACCGACACCGGACGAUGUAGACGCUGGUCGUGAGCCAGAGUACGCCAGUCUGCUACGUGAGCUUUACCAGUCGUACUCAGCGACACGCGGUCGACUUGUCCUGCCGAUCGUCAGUAAAAAGAUGGCCGAGCUAGGUGCGAUGCCUCCACAUGCUGACGUACUUGCAUUCGCGAAAGCGAGCUUUGGCUUUAUGCGCGGGAUCUGUCUGGACGAGCACGAGCUUUGGUAUGAAUGGUUCGAGACUGACGGUGCGCUCUACGACUUCUUAGAAAGUUUGAUGGAGCCACUGUACGACUACCUACGGCCCAAGAUCAUUCAUGAGACGCACCUGGAGACGCUAUGUGAACUUUGCUCGGCCAUUCAGGGCCAGUACAUGGGCAUGGAGUCGGACGAGGAAGACGAGGAGAGCUUUGUCGCGAGUCCAAUCGCCAAUGGCAAGCCUCUUGGUAGAACACUCAAUUUUGCUAGUCUGGUCCACGCUGGUUUGGAAGACGCCCAGACGAGGCUUGUCUUCCUAGCAUUGACUGUGCUGAGAGACGGCAUAGAGAAUUACAAGGCCAAACCGCAAGACCUGGAUUGGCCGAAGCCAGAUCCGGCCACCGACGGCGUCAAAGGUCCGGCACUGUCUGGCACGAGGAGCUCCGUCUCACAGACACCUACCAGCCCAGCUGCUGGCGAGAAAAUCGACGAUGCCGCAAGCAUGUUCAGCAAGCAUGUUAUACCUAAGGCCGCAACGAGCGCUGCCAAGCAUGAGUGGUACCCCACGCUACGCAAAGCCAUCUGGCUACUACGCCGUAUAUAUCGUCUCCUCAACAGCACUGUCUUCGACGAUCUCGCUCACAGGAUAGUGCACUCGACCAUCUACUCCCUGGUCACUGCAAGCCAGCAAAUCAAACGACAAAAGACACCCCAGGAUGGCCAACUCUUCCUCAUAACCCACCUUCUCAACCUCAAACAACAGAUCGUUGCCUUCGAUAUCGAGUUCAGUCCACCAGAAGUCGACUUUGACUUCUCCGCUGUAACAAACACUUUCUACGAGCUCCGCAAUAGAGGCAGUCUUUGGGACCCGACCUCUUGGGUCACUCUAGUCAGCGGUGCCGUAGGUGGUGGUCUGUUACCUAAGGUCGUGGAGAAUAUGCUGGAUGCAAAAGCUGAACUAGAUGGUCGGCUGCGAACUGUGAUCAACGAAUUCGUGAACAGCUACGCUAAUCAUAUCACUGAUCCUGUCGACCCUGCCACCAUAGCACAAGCGAAUGCCACGUCAAAGGAUAAGGACGCUGAGUUCGAUGGCCUCAAGGCUGUUCGUACAGUCCAUGGUCUGGCUGAGAAAGACGUACCCGCUUUACGGACCAAGCUCGAAGAAUUCGUUGACGAUGCACGGACGCGAGAGACGCUCGUAGCGGCUGUGCGGGAUCAAGUAGUCUUGAGCUACGAAGAGUUCGUUGACUCGUGGAGUGAAGGAAAAAGCAAGAAGUUGAGCCGCAAGGGCAAGGGAAGAGAAGAUGAGAUAUGGGGGGUGGAUUUGUUCGCAGAAGUCAUGGAGAAGGUCUUCCUGGUACGGGAAAUGGUGGGUCAGGGCGAUGGUGGAGAUGCGGACAGCAUGGGCGGAGGAUUCAGCGAUCGAGACGAGACAUGA